AAUGAACAUUUUGUUUUGAUUGAUCAAUCAUAUGUGAACCGGACCGAGUCAAAUCAGCAGAAACAUUAAAACACCGUGAACAUGUUCGGAAUCAUACGGCGGUUCAAUGGUACUCGUACUUUUUGCACGCAACCGCUUCCACAACUGAUCGAUUCCCUCGCAUCGACUAUCGGCGGUCUAGACAAACCAACGUUAGAAAAGUUGUUCGCAUCCUCCCCGCAACUGACCCGCUAUGGUCCUACGCAGUGGCAGCAAACGCACCAGCUAAUGGAACAGGAGGGCAUUGAACCGGCUCAUUUCCUGUCGAUCGUAGCCGGAAAUCCAGAUGUACUGGCACGGCCAACCGGUCGGCUUACUGCCAGUAUGAACUGCUGGCGCUCCUGCCAGUUUGGCGAUAGACAGAUGCAAGCACUACUCGCGGCACAUCCUCAACUGUUAGAUUUAACCGAUCACAACCAGCUGGCCCAACGGAUGGCCUUUCUGUAUUCGCACUUUGAAACCCGCAAAAAUGUGUGGCGUUUGUUCAUGAACUGUCCCAACCUGGUGGUGGACAGUUCGGCAUCGAUACAGGCCAAAAUCGAUUACAUUCUGGUGCGGAUGCGGAUCGAAGUAUUAGAGGUGGUAAAAUCGUGUGCUUUCGCUUCCGAUUUAGAUAAUAUCCGGUGCCGACAUGUGUUCCUCGAAAGGCUAGGGUUGUUCAAACCAAGAAACUUGAAGGCGGAUCCCGGUGAACUCAGCAACAAUCCUAAACUGCAUCAGAUAACGGACACUUCGGAUAAACGGUUUGCCGUCAAAGUGGCCUUUGUCACAUUGGAAGAGUUCGAAACGUUUCAGGAAUUAUUUGAAAAAGAACAAUGCCGUACAAAGGAUGACGACGAUGAAUUUUAUCAGUAUGAAGAGUUUGACGGCGACGACAGUAGCGAAACGAGAAGGCUCAAAUACCGAAAGAAUUCACGGAAGAAGAACGCUAUGUAAUUACAUGCGACAAAACAGUAAAAGCAUUUCGAUUGUUAA